AUGUCUUAAUUUUAAACUUUAGACUUGGGGGUUUCUAGUGAAACUAAAUCUAUAAUCCAUAAAUCUAUACUGAAAAAUCCAUAGCGGUGUUUUAAUCAAAGUAAAGUUAGAUUGGAUUGGGCAGGGAAUUAAGUAGUCAAAGGUGGAUUACAUAAAAUAGUUUUCUUAAACUAAGAUGAUACUCCUCGAACAUUUAUGGAUAUAUUAACUAAUGAUUUUACGGAAUCAUGUGAUACUGUUAUUCACAAAAAAAAAAAAAACCUUAAUUAUUAAUAAGCAGAAAAUUAUAUCAAAAAUCAGUGUGAAGAAAGUUAAUAAUCUAAUUGUUGUUUAAUUUAAUGA